CUGAAACACAAACAUGGCGGAUAUGGACUUUGAGAAACUCUAGACUACUACAUGAUUGUUCUCUGAUCUCGUUCGUUGACGUUUCUAAGAACUUUUCGGAAGUUGCGUGAGUCCCACGCCUCCAAACGCCGGCGGCGGGCUUGCACUGUGACGCGCUGACACGAUAGCGUUCGCCCUUCCCCCUCGAACUGACCGUAUCCUGCGGAAGUCUGGCGAAGUUUGUAGGUUGAUGCAAAGCUCAAGCACCAGUAGCGGGAGUAGUAAACAGCAGCGAGUCAUGGACGAUCUCGAUGCCCUAUUGGCUGAUCUGCAGUCCACAACACAGAACAUAUCCACCUACCAGCACCAGAUCAACCCUCCAGCACAGGUGAUCACCAACACCAACAGGGACAGCUCUGCCUCCAGCCGAGACUCCAGGAGCUCCACCCCUCCACUACCACCCCCACCACCAGUCGAGGUCUUGGAUAGUCUACCCCCUCCCAGAGGUCAUGAUCAGCCAAUCUACGAGCCCCAGAAUUUUCGUAUGAGAGAGACGACCCCCACAUCUGACACAUCACAAAGUUCUGACUUGGCCUCGCUCCCAGACAAGGGGAGACAACAGCAAGGGAUGUCGCAGCUCAGCUCCAACCUGUCCGAGCUGGACCAACUCCUACAGGACCUAAACUCAGCUCAGUUCCUGUCCGAGGUCGAGAAGAAGUCAUCUGGUGGAAAAGAGCCAAUCGUGAAUGGAACAGGGCGGGCACCUCCCCCAGUAGCUCCCAAACCUACUCGUCCCUCUGAACGGGCAACAGUCGAGUCUUUGCUGGAUGAGCUGGAAGUGUCUGUACCAUCCCAUCACGGAGCUGGUAACGACCUUGGUCAUUACUCUGGACCCACCUCUCCCCAUGGCCAAGUAAGAGGAGGUCCCCCUGCCCCUAACGGCCACCCAGGAGAUGCUCCCCCCACCCCAGGGGCAUCUACAGCUACCAAGGAGCUGGAUGAUCUUAUGGCAUCAUUGUCUGAGUUUAAGCUUCAAAACAAGCCUCAACAAGCAAGUGUAGAACCAGCAUACGCAAAGCCAAACAAAGGUACUGGACGUCAGGUGACCCCAACCAGCCCCAUGAACCCAAGUAUUCCUUCACCCAACCAGUUGGAGACCAUGCUUGGGGACCUGCAGUCUGACAUGAACAAACAAGGGGUCAGCACCAAGACUAAGGGUGUGUGUGCUGCCUGCAACCAACCCGUCGUGGGCCAGGUAAUCACAGCCCUGGGGAAGAUCUGGCAUCUUGAGCACUUCACCUGUAGUCACUGUAACGAUACACUCGGGACUAAGAACUUCUACGAGCGCGACAAUCAGGCCUUCUGUGAGAGAGACUACCAUGAACUGUUUGCACCACGAUGUGGCUAUUGCAGUGGACCCAUUGUAGAUAAAUGUAUCACGGCUCUGGGUAAGACCUGGCAUCCAGAGCAUUUCUUCUGCACCAAGUGUGGCCGCCCAUUUGGGGAGGAGGGAUUCCAUGAAAAGGACGGGAAAGCAUAUUGCAGGGAUGACUACUAUGAGAUGUUUGCUCCGAAGUGUGGCGGUUGCUGCAACCCCAUCAUGGACAACUACAUCACCGCACUGAACCGCCACUGGCAUCCCGAGUGCUUCGUCUGCUGGGAUUGCCGAAGCCCGUUCGGAGGAGGUAGUUUCUUUGACCACGAGGGGCUACCCUACUGCGAAACUCACUACCACUUAAAACGAGGCUCUCUCUACGCCAGCUGUCAGAAGCCCAUCACAGGAAGGUGCAUCACGGCCAUGUUUAAAAAGUUCCACCCCGAACACUUUGUGUGCGCCUUCUGUUUAAAGCAGCUGAACAAGGGGACAUUCAAGGACCAGGGCGACAAACCCUACUGUCAUCCCUGCUUCGUCAAGCUGUUUGGCUGAAUUACCAGCCAGUGUUCAAACAUGUCUUCCAGGACUGCCAUGUGUCAUGCCCUGACCAGCUUCCGGCUGACCACACACAUGCACAUUGGCACACCACAUGCAGCCAGUUCUGCAGUUAUUUGUAUGCAGAGGAAGUAACUUUCUACGCUAUGCUUUUUCAGUUAUUGGAAAUCUCUAAGAUUCAAAAUGAUGUUAUGGAUUUGCUAGUGUGAUAAUUCCAAGUCGGAGGCAGCCAGAUAAAGACCAGAAAGUAGCCACAACCCUCUGGUCGACUUUGUGUGACAUGGUGUCAUUGGUUACAGACUCCGGGAUAUAUAUACCAUACACAUAUACCUAGGUGUGGGAUACGGAGGUACCAAGUACUUGGAUGAUGCAGGAAAUACACGAAGGAUACAUAGGUACUGAGUACUUGAAUGAUACUGCAGGAUACAAGUACUUGAUACUUACACUCGCCACAGGUCCUGGCAGGCAGAGAUACAUGAUACAGGUACCAUGAUACUGAACAGGACUACAA